UUAGGAGCCGCUACGACUGUUUUACGCGUUAGCGGAGGCAGCUUAAUGAUUAAUGAGAAAGAAACCGAAAAAUGCGGGAUUCGCAGCCGUGACCGCGGGAGAGCGGGGAGAAGAGGACCAGCGAAGACGCAGUAAAUAAGAGAGAGCUUGUUCUUUGAGAUUAAGUUGUUGGCUUCACUGGAACCCUGCUAUGAUGCCCGAAGUGCGAGACCUGUCCGACGCCCUGCCGGAGCUGCCCAUGGACCCCAUCACUGGCGUCGGGGUGGUGGCCUCACGGAGCAAGGCACCCUCUGGCUAUGACGUGGUUUCACAAACAACAGAUGGCCUCGAUGCUGACUUGUGGAAGGAUGGCUUGUUUAAAUCCAAGGUCACACGCUAUCUCUGCUUCACACGAAUGUUCUCCAAAGAAAACAGCCAUCUUGGCAACGUGCUUGUGGACAUGAAGCUCAUCGACAUGAAGGACACCCUGCCUGUGGGCUUCAUCCCUAUUCAAGAAACAGUGGACACACAGGAACAAGCGUUCAGGAAGAGGCGGCUUUGCAUCAAGUUCAUCCCUCGCGACUCCACCGAGGCAGCCAUCUGUGACAUCCGUAUUAUUGGCAGGUCCAAGCAAGCCCCUCCCCAAUACACGUUCAUUGGGGAGCUGAACAACAUGGGGAUCUGGUACCGCAUGGGCAAGGUUCCCAGAACCCAGGAACCGGUCCCAAACCAGACUGCUGUCACGGUCACCUCUACCGCCACACCUACACCAGUAGCCCCGCCUAACCCCACCAGGCACAUCUCCAUGACACUUCCGGCCAACUUCACACGGAAGAAUGCCACCCGGCCCGAUUACGAGCACCAGAACUCAAACCUGUACGCCAUCUCAGCAAUGGACGGAGUACCUUUCAUGAUCUCCGAGAAGUUUGCCUCUGCUACCGGCAAUCUGCAACAAGUUGACCUGAUGGGCAUCACGAUCAAGUCUCUGGCAGAUAUCGAGAAGGAGUACGAGUACAGCUUCCGCACAGAGCACAGCGCUGCUGCCCGUCUGCCGCCGAGCCCUACUCGCUCCCCACUCAGCUCCGAGUCCUGAAUGGGCGAGAUUGGGUCGGGGGGCAUACCACUACUAUGAUCACUACUGAGGAAGAGGAGCAGGAGGACCCUUCCCUUCACCAGCCCCAUCGUCAUCCUCGAACCACCAGUCAGCUUCACUCCCCUUUUUCGUUUCGAUAUUGGAAAAAGGGAAAAAAAUCAACUUUUCCAAUGGACUUCUGUUUUCUUCUCGCUCUUUGAACACUUCUAGAGCACUGUGUCCGUGUGUGUAUGGCAGCUCAACACAGAGCGAAAAAAAGACGGGCACUAAGAGAGUGUGUGUGUGACAGAAAGAGUCCCCGAAGGGAUCCAGGAGCCAUGAAUACACGCAUGUCUCGCCUGAGCCAAGACUCGACCUCUUUGUGUACAGAUGUGUGUCGCUGCUGUAAAGAAGGGAGGAGGAGAGAAUCCUGCUGUGGUGGAUGCUUCCUCAAGACUCAGCUGAGUCCAUGCCAUUGGCACGGAACUCACCAUCCCUGUGUGUCCCCGUUUUAAAAAGGAGGACUUGCUUUUCCCAGCAUCCUCUGUGUGAGACCACAUAGCAGCCCACUCCACAUCCAUAGAGACUCAGUGAUGUCCUCGAUGUCCACCAGGUUUCCUGGCCUCAUGCCACUGUAUGGAUAAGUACCAUCCCCCAUCAUCUGGACAGUGUGAAGCACCAUGUAUGGUGCUGCUUGGUGACCAGCUCUGGGUCUGAGGUUUGCUUACAUCGGCCCCCUGUUUAACCUUUAGCCCUCUGAGGAGCCACUAUAAAUGCCCCCCAUCCUCACGUUAUAGGGUUAUGGAAUAUGGAAUGUUUUUGUUUUUAAUUUGUUUAACUUUGAGUGCACUGCUUUGGAAUUACAGUUUUAAUGUUUGAUAUCAAACUAGUCCUCAUAGCUGUUCUGUUCCCUCCUUUAGUGAUUAGCAGCAAAGGAGUCCUGGGGGGGUCAGUGUCCCACAGUGGCCACCGGGGGCAUAGCGGCUGCAGAAGCAUGCCCUUGCCGACACAGACUUUUUCCUCCCUGCUUUGUCAAAUGUGAAAGGGUGUUUCAUGGGAUGCUUCUUGGGUGCAACAUUUAUCUUGUGUGACAUUUCAGACCUCCUGAGGUUCAGUUGCUCGUCUUUAUUGUUCCUACAUUUUUAUAUUUAAUAUCCACACCACGUUUAUCAAAGCGGCAGCUCAAGAAGCCUUGGAGGACGGCAUAUCAGCAGUGUGAACGAAAUUUUCUCAUGAGUUUGGUCGUCUUGUUUAAAAUAAGCAGAUGGUUCAUGUUUCACUGGUUUUACCCACGGGUUUUAACAUGUGGGAGUACAUCUCUUACUGAGAAUCUCUGCGAACAGAGUACUAAUAUUGCAGCACUUGCUGCUUUUUACUGACAAAAUUAGUGUUGAGAGUCUCAUCUGAUUCUGAAGUGUUUAUAAGUCUGGUAUUUACCACAGUGAAAUGCACUAACCUUAAUGCAGCUCUCUGUUAUAGGGCACUGAGGGACUGAGGCCAGCACCCGUGGUAGCGCCCUUCUCCACCACACUGUUUAGAGUCCACUUUAACAACUGUUACCUCCUACUGUACCCACUAGUGUGUUUUCAUCCAGGCCCAAUUCUAGUAGACAGAUGCUGAGUGGAUGGGCAUGUUUUUUCCACUAUGCCCUGAACGAGUCCCUGUUUUCAGAUUCUGCCCGAUCGAAACACUGCCGCCGCUCACCAAGGUAACACGCAGGACCUCUGGUUGUUGAGCAUCUUGGGCUCAGAGCCUUACGCCUUCCGUCCUGCCUCAUAACACCUUUCUGGUGCUUUCAUAACAGCAGAACAUUUGUGUAGAAAGUCCUUUGAGCCUUAUGCUAAACUUUGGCCUGUUAUAUGUUUCUGAUCACUGUCCCAUUGGUUUUUUCCCCCAAAUGUAAAACUUUUUGUCAGCUGUCAAAUUUAUAACAUUGUUUUAAAUUAUCAUGUCAGGAUAUUUUGAACGUAAGCCAUUCCUCAACUCCAAAUUUGAUUUGUAUAUGAGCUUACUUCUGUAUUCUUUGUUUAUGAUUACUGUGAGGCUGAGCAGAGGUUUUGAGAGAGAGAUCAUAUUUGAUUAAAAACGAUAACUCCAUAUCGAGUCUAUGGGGACUGUUAGCCACUCGUGUGACUGUGAAAAGUGCACUGAAGGAGGACAGAGGUGAGCAGUAUGGUGUCUCCAUCCAACUGCCAAGUGUGAUACCCUCCAGUGAUUCCCUGAGGCAGUUGACAGUGUGUUUCUUACUCAUGCAGCUGUGAAGGAGGAUACUGUUUGCUGUCAGCGUGCACAUAAAGACACACACCCAUUCUUCUUCUUUUUUUUUUUUUUUUUUUAACUGUCCACUGCUGUGUUCCAAACAAUAUUGUAAUGAAAGGGUUUUUUUUUUUCUUUGUAAAGGCUACUUUUCUGUUCUUUGUGCUGUUACUUGGUUGUACAAAGCAGUCCCAUUGGCUGGAGUAGUCUACAGAAAGGGUGGUGUCGCACCUGCACAUACCUGGAUACAACUAUGCAUACUGGGGUGCAUAGUUGGAUGGAUGCAUCUAAUCUUCUAGGUUCCUCCUCUUCUCAAAAAGGGAAGUGUUUCAUGUGACGUACAAACAGGACUGACUGUGUGUUCCCAAGGGGGACACACGCAGCGCGCACUCAUUUGCCAGCCACUUGUGAUGUAACAGCUCCUGUGGCUUAUUACUAAUAUUUUCCAUAUUUCCUCCUUUUUAUAUGUUCCUUUUUGGGGGUCAUGCCUCUAGUGGAGUCUGUUUAAUAGUUCUUGUGUAAACUUUCUGGGGUUGCUCCUGUCAGCGCCACCCUGGUGGCUGCUGUAAACCCUACGCUGCCAACCACUUUCUUGGGCUGGGAUCAUCCAUGUGCGCGCACUGAUGUGGGCUUGGUGCCAUGGUGACAGCCUCCCUCCCGGGGAAUGUUACCCUUUUUAAAAUAUUUUUAAUGUCAUGGGGAACAGCAAAACAGCUUUUUUCGCUCCAUCCUUUCCGCAGUAAAAGUGUAGAGUUUAAUCCCUGAGUUUCUUCAGAAGGUGUGAGUCAGGCGUGUGUGAGGACUCUGAGUAUGGGUGCAGAUUCAAACCACAGUCUUCUCCUUCCUGUCCUCCUUAGAGCAGUACCCAGCCCAUCAGCGGAGAUGCUCAGUUGUAGGCUAUUUGCCACAGAGUGCUUCUGUGGGGUGGAGAGGCGUUUGACCAACUUUGACCUUUUUACGUACCCAUAAUACUCAGUAUUUUAUGCCAGAAAUCAAAUCAUGUUUAUAUAUUUGGUGUAAUGUUGCCUUGGUUGUGUUUAGUCUGGUUUAGUCAUGUUUCGUGCCUGUUUACCAUACAUUAGUUUUCUUACCGUAAGAAGGAGCUGCUUGGUCUGUUAAAUUUGAGAAAACCACUAUUUUGUUGGUGUCCAGGUCAUUACAGAAGACUUACUUGUGUCCCUCCACCUGUAGCCCACCUUGAAUGCAGUGCCUUGGCAGCAGGGGUGUUUGCACAAGUGGAAGCUGCUGGCAGGCUCACUUUCAGGUUCUCUUUUCUCCCCCACCUCGCUGAAACCUGUGUGAGGUGAGCGCCAGAUGGACGUUCUCUGCUGGCGUUAACAGGCGCCACCCUCGUCAUCCUCUGAGUGAAACCGAAACAGUGUGCUUGCUUGUUUGUGUGUGUAUGUGUGUUUGUUUUUGGUCCUCGUCUUGUGAUAAGUGCAACGUGCUGUCCUGUAAAUAUAGCUUGUAAGAUGGUGUGACCUCUGACCUGGCCGUCCGCUCUCGGAGCACGCAUGUUGCCAGAGCUGCCAAAAUAGACACCGCUGGGACUGUUGUGAUCGCACAUCGAACAAACGAGAGCAGCAGGAUGGGUUUGCACAUUCCUGCAGCGAGGAACUGUACAUAAACCAUCAGUGUGAUUAAAAACAUCUAGCUGUUGUAACAUUUUUGUAUUUAUUUUAGAAUCUGUUCUUAUAUUUUACAAAGGGACAUAUCAUCAUGUGAU